AUGGCUGCCCGGCUCCAUUUCGCAGCGGAGAGACUUUUGCCUCAGCUGCUCCAUAGCAGAUCGUUCGGCUGGUGGUCUGGAGGUCCGAAGAGAAGAGGGGAGAAGAAGCGUCCAAAGUUCAUUCGAGUGGGCGAGUCGCUGUACCGAGUGCAAAACUACCGCCUGGCAUACCGGCGAAUCUUUGGAAAAGAUAUUCCACUACAAGAACAGUAUGACUUUGCAUAUCGGCAGCAACAAGCUGUUGAAACAAACAAAGCUCGACACAAGACCAAGGCUUCAUCCAGUCCGCCCUUCUCUCGGCGCGUAGAUGCCAUUAUCUACCCAUACGAGCGAAAGAAGUGA